AUGUCCCCUUCUCUUCGAGAAGACCUGGACGUGCCGGGCACUGAGCGUCUCGUGGACGUCAAUCACGACCUCAAUGUUGCUCACGCCGGGUCAGACAUUAUCCUCAUCCCUCAACCGACCUCAUGCGGAGCAGAUCCGCUGCGCUGGGCUCGCUGGAAGAAAUACUGGCAACUCUUCCUCGUCUCCUUUUACGCCUGCGCCUUCUCCUUUGCAGAGAACAAUCUCGGCGCAGCAUGGACGAGCAUCAGCGAGCAGACGCACGUCUCCAUUACUGAUCUCAAUGGAGGCGGUGCUCUCAACUAUCUCUUGCUAGGCUUCGUCAACAUUUUCUGGAUCCCCAUUGCCAUGAAAUUUGGUCGACGACUCGUCUUCCUCGCCACCACUGCCAUCUGUCUUGCCGGCACCGUCUGGACGGGCUCGUUCAACGGGACCGGCCAAUGGUUUGGCUCCAACAUUCUCAGCGGCAUUGGCACUGCCGCCUACGAGGCCGUCAUCCAGCUCGUCAUUUUUGACAUUUUCUUUGCUCAUCAACGUGGGCGUAUGCUCGCAGUCUAUAUCUUUGGACAGCAGCUCGGCUCCAUUAUCGGUCUCAUUACUGGUGGAUAUAUCUGUGACACCGUCGGCUGGCGCUGGAGUCAGUAUAUCUGUGCCAUUAUCAAUGCUGUCGUCCUCCUUUCCUUCUUCUUCACUUUCGACGAGACCAUGUUUCCGCGCUGGCUCACUGCUGCUUCUCGAUCAUCUACAGAAAAAGUCAGCGGCCUUGCCUCAGCCAAGGCCGAUGACGUCGAGCGCAACGCUGCCGCUUCUCUACCGCCAUCUCCCCCGUCCGAAACGUCAGACAAUAAGGAAGAAUACGUAGUCGCCAGCGCUCCAUUGGCAUCUCCCGAGGAGUUCUCCAAGCGGCCCUACCUUCGCCGCCUUAAACCUUGGGUCUACUAUCCCCAAGACCAUACCACGUACUGGCAAUACUUUAAGCGGCCCUUUUUCCUCUUUGCGUUUCCAAACAUUUUGAUUUCCGGAAUCAUAUUCGCGUUCGGCUGCACCGCAGGCAUCGUCUCCUUCAACACCAUUUCCGAAAUCAUGACCGAGCCACCAUACAACUGGAAAAGCGGUCCGACGGGACUGCUCUUCCUUGCCGCUCUGGUCGGCAGCAUCGUCGGCUGGGCCACGGGUCUGCUGAGCGACCACGUCGUCAUCUGGCUUGCGCGUCGCAACAACGGUAUCAAGGAGCCCGAGAUGCGGCUGUGGACUCUGUCUCUGUCCGUUGUGUAUGCUGCUCUCGGCUACCAAUUGUACGGAUGGGGCGCAGAACAGGGGCUCAAUUGGUUUAGUAUUGCGUUUGGAAUUGGUGCCAUGAUUGCCCAGCAGGUCUCUGCCACUUCGAUUGCAACUGCAUACGCAAUGGACUGCUUCUCCGGCAUAUCCGGCGAACUGGUCGUCGUGCUGGCGCUCUGCUCCUCGUGUAUCAACUUCGCCAUUUCCUACUCCACGCAGCCCUUCCUCGACCGCGUCGGAUACGGCUGGCUGUUCUUCUUCUACGGCAUUCUUGUCGUCUUGUCAAACCUGGCUGCCUUCCCCGUCAUUGUGUACGGCAAGGCCUGGCGGAAACGGUGCAUGCCGCGGUAUCAAGAGUUUUUGGGGCAGCGCGUUGGGUAUUAUUAGUUGCGGUAUUGAAGUCGCCUGUGCUGAUCUUGUUUUUCUUUUCGCUCAUUUAUCUAUUUUCAAUUCGGCUCAUUUAUUAAUUUUACCAAAGGUGAUCAUGUUGGUUUUGAAUGUUCGCGUUGCGGCGCAGUAUGAUUUAUGUUUGUUUGCUUUUGACAUGCGACCUCGAAAGACUCUUUACUAUUUCUGCGUCCUUCAUACUUAUGAUUAUUACUACUUCUGGCAGGUAUAUACCAUAUACCAUUGAUACUUUGACAAAUGAUGACGAGAUUCACGAAUACAAAUGACGC